AUGCAGGGCUGCCGUGUGAAACCGCACGCUGCCCCAAGAGCAUCUGAGGCUGGCGUGCCAGCUGGCAAUCAAGCCGUGGCCGAGGGCUUGCGGAAGGUGCAGUCCUGCAUAGCGGAAGCAGCCGGCGGCCGUGACGUUCGGUUGGUGGCCGUGUCGAAGUUCAAAGCCGCAGAAGCGGUGCAAGCAGCGCUGGACUUGGGCCAGGAGUUGGUGGAGAAAGCUUCCGCUUUGCCCUCCAGCGUCAGGUGGCAUUUCAUUGGACGUCUGCAGUCCAACAAGGUGAAGAAGCUGGUUAACAUCCCGAAUCUGGUAGCAAUCGAAACAGUGGAUUCGUCGCCGCUCGCAGACAGGAUAGCUUCUGCGGCGCAAGCUGCCGGAAGGGGCGAGGGCGGCAUUGAUCCUCUGGACUUGUUCGUUCAGGUCGACACCAGCAAUGAGGAGACGAAAGAUUUCUGGCAACUUCACUUUCUUACCAGCUGA